AUGUCAGUGCUGAAGGGUUGUAAUGAGUCCUUUACUGCAGCUGAUGAGAGGUGCCAGAAAUACCAAGUUCUUUUCAGAUACUGGUGGAGGCAACAUUAUGCACUUGCCCUCAUCAAAUCUCUUUUUGGCCAUCUCCCAGAUAAUUUUCAUAUUGGGCUGUUAUGUGACAUAGGUUGUCAACUGGAACAGAGCUGCAGGAAGUGGGGUUUUCUCAAAUCAUUUCUGCCACAUAUUUCUUUUGCCAUCUCAGUAUUUCAUGCCUUUGGUCAUCAAUGGGUGUGUCGGCUUAUCUAUCACCCCUGA